UGUUCCUCGCGGCCCCCUCUAUAAAUCACUACCAAUGGCAACACCUUCUUCUUCAGCGCUCCAAGGAACGCAAAAAUGGCACCUUCAACACUCUCUCUCUCCCUCCUCUUCCUCCUUUCACUCUGCAUCGCAGGAACCGUUAGAUCGGAUGACGACUGCGUGUACACGGCGUACGUUAGAACCGGAUCGGUGGUUAAGGGCGGAACGGACUCCAAGAUCGGGAUCAAGUUGUACGACAAGUUCGGCUACUACAUCUACAUUAAAAACCUCGAAGCGUGGGGCGGUUUGAUGGGAAAGGAUUACAACUACUUCGAGCGCGGCAACCUCGACAUCUUCAGCGGAAAGGCACCAUGUCUUGAAGGACCCGUUUGUGCCGUCAACGUUACCUCUGACGGAUCCGGUUCGCACCACGGCUGGUACCUUAACUACGUCGAAGUCACCUCCACUGGGCCCCACAAACCCUGUUCUCAGGAACAGUUCGAGGUGGAGCAGUGGCUCGCUCUCGACACCUCCCCCUACCAGCUUUGGGCGGUCAGGAACCACUGCCGCUAUAGCUUGGAACAGGCCCGGCUAGCUUCGGAGCGCGCUGAAUCUGAAUCCGAAUCCGGAUCCGGAUCUGGACCCAGAUCGGCAAUCUAGAUUACACUUCCGUGAGGAAGGUUUAGGUGGUUCUUUAUGUGAGUGUGAUUCGGUUAUCGUUGCUGCUGUUGGGGAACUUUUUAUGGCAACGAUCACGAAAGAAAAUAAGCAUCCUCUUAGUACUUGAAUUGGAAAAGCGGGUUUGAGGGAUCAAAACCCGUUUUUUCUUUUGUAGUUUUCAAUUAUAAUGGAAACUAUCUGUAUCAAUCGCUAUGGUAUUGAGGUCGUGUGUAUUUGAAGUUUUGAAUUCGCUUUUCAAAUAUAAAAAAAAUGAAAAUUACUGAAAUGGAUGGACACAACACUAUUUAGUACUCAA